AUGGAAAAGCACGAGGAGACGCAAGGCGUUAAAGGCAUGUUUGCAAAAGCUGUCGCUGCAUUUCCUACGAUUUUCAACUCAGAGACAGCGUCGGCCAACCUAGCCAAGGCGAUAGACUGGUGGGCGAAAAAGGACCUGAUUUUGGGGGCCGAACGAGGCGUAGUUGCCGUCUCGGCGCGACGACGUGGUGGCAGGCAGCGUGUCAGCACCAAGGUGAUCAGUGGACGAGGCCGCCCUCGCAGCGCAUGGCUCGCGAAACAGCUUUUGCGAGACGGGGAGGGCGAGUAUACUCAUAUGAGCGUCGAUGCAAAACAGGCUCUGAUCAUCGAGAAAAACAAAUCGCGUUGGAUCCAAUGCUUCAUGGAGGCCCAUCAGAUUGUUCUGAGGCAGACCGGCAAACGACAGCUCAGCCAGCUCAAGAUCCUGCAUAUCGAGAAAGAGGUUGCAUUUCACCUUGGAGAGUUGCAGCGUGGGUUUGCCGACGGGUCACUGGACGAAAAUGCAAUCGAAAAUAUUGAUGAGACGCAUUUUGUCAUUGAUUUCGACAAUGGAAUAACUUUGGGCUUCUCAGGCGAAAAACAGAUUAAGUAUGCAGACGUCGUGUCGGGUGGCGAAGGAAUGAUCAUGGUGGUGCGGCUCUCGGGAGGUGCAAGCGCAAGAAUCCCCCCCCCCCUCAAUGAUGAUCUUUAUGAAUGCUGA